CACCAUGUCUGCAAAUGAAAAGCUGACAGUCCAAGCCUUAAAAGACCACGACAAAGUUCAACCAAAUUUCUCAUCUACCGUCCGACGUCAAGGUUCCAAAAAUGGAUGUAAAGUUUCUUUGUCGUCUAGACGCUCUCAUCCAAGUGGAGACCAAGCGUCCCAAAGAUCUGACAGAAAUGGAAGACCGCCACCAAAAAUAAACUUUUUCAAAUUUGUCGUAGCAACAAGAGCAUGGCACAGACUGGCUAGAAAGAAUAGCCUGCACAGCGAGAAAGUUGACAGACCCGUGAUAAAAAUUGAAAACACUUACAGAACUGAACCAGAAGAGGGUAAAUACUUCGCGCCAAUGAGAGUGGAAAAUAUGAUGAAAGAAACGUUAGAAAGGAAACUGAAAACUGUGAAAUAUACACCAGACGGGUGCCGUAUCAUAGCAACAGAACUGACAGAGGAGAUCAAGAGUAAAGUCAAGGCAAUGGAUUUCCCACGCUAUAAAAUCGUCUGCAAUGUAUGUAUUACGGAAAAUAAACGUCAAGGACUAGAAAUAGUGAGUAGAGGCGUUUGGAACCAGGACACAGACGAUUAUGCGUCAUAUACGUACAGAAACCCUACGUUGAUUGCUGUAGCGACUGUAUAUGGGGUGUACUAUGAAUAGAUUCACCAGAAUUACAUUGAAAAUUUGAAAGUGAAUGUUAUUUUAUAACUAAUAAAAGCGAAAUUGCAAACAUUUUAAAACACGAAAUAAGAUCAACCUUGCUAAAACAUAGAAGAAAGUAAAACGAUAUGAAAAUCGGAGAAUAAGUGUUGAAGGUCCGCUUAUUUUAUAAACAGAGGCAGCCAGUUCAGGCACUGUGACACAAUCAUUCUUUUCUUCACAAUAUGUUCUGUGAAAGACUGUGAAAAAGGGAAAAUGGUAAAAAGAGCGUUUAACAACGUUAUUUCAUCAUGUUUAUUUUUCCUUUGUAUUUCAUUUAAUUAAGUUUGGUGGAUUUUAUUGUUUAUUUUCAAGAACUUGACAAUGAAACAUAUCAAGUUUAAUUCCUGUUUCAAUGCAUUUUGGAAGAAGAUGUGUACUUUGAACAGGUUCGCAUAUAAAAGAAAUAAAUACUUGGAACUUGUCAGAUAAAUAAAAUCCUUCAGCCUAGUAUAUAUCGUUAACCAGACCUAGGCUAGAAGUUAGAGGGCCGUGGUCCAAUCACAGAGGCCAGAGGUCCGACUACCGAAACCUUAGCCACUAUCUUGACUUUAAAAAACAACAAACAACAGUCAUGAAAU